AUGCCGCGACUUCUGAACAAGCUGAAAGAAAAGUGGUCGACCAGAGAUCCAAACAAGGACAAGCAAGUACAUGUACCCAUUGAGCCUGAUCCUCCACCUGUGCCCAAUGGAUCAACGGCCGUUCCCAUGCCUCCAGCGAGCACUGAGCCCGUUAUCGAACCCAAGCCGCUCCAAGGGAGGCUAUGGAACGAAGCAUACGAGCUGCUGAAACUGAGCAACGCCGAGCUCGUAGAGGCCUACGAGAAAAUCCUCUCCCGGGAGCUCCUUCACGAUCAAGGCUGUGUCUCCAAGCCAGCGUCCCUGGAGAAUCGAAUCGAUGCGGCAUAUGGCGGAAGAUGGAAACAAAUGCAUACGAUUGUGAAUGCGGCUCUGAAACGACAGGAAGAGAGAGCGGAAAAAUGUCUCAAGGACUUGCGCGUCACUGAUCCACGCGAUGACAAGUCCCGAAUUGAAGACACAAAUGGCGGCCUUUUGCAAGACGCCUAUGGCUGGGCUAUAGGGCAUACUGACUUCAUCGCCUGGCGGGAUGAGAAAGAAAAUCACCUGCUAUGGAUCAAAGGUGAUCCCGGCAAAGGAAAGACGAUGCUUAUGUGCGGUAUCAUCGAUGAACUGCAGAGCUGCGAUAUAUCGCCGUGCUAUUUCUUCUGCCAGGCGACUGAUCCCCGACUUAACAACGCCACGGCUGUCCUACGCGGCCUUAUAUACCUAUUGCUUCAGGAGAAACACGACCAAGCCGGGGCAGCCUUGUUCCAGGAUGCCAAUUCCUGGGUUGUGCUCUCUCAGAUGUUCACCAAACUCUUGGACGAUCCUAGCUUAGACGGCCAAGUCUUUAUGGUCGAUGCGCUUGAUGAAUGCCAGGCAGACUUGGAGCGGCUUCUCGACCUAAUCGUGGGAACAUCUGCGAAUCCCCACGCGAAGUGGAUUGUAUCGAGCAGAAACUGGACCACGAUUGGGGCAAAGCUGGGCACAGUAUCACAAAACAUUCGGUUCUCCCUCGAACUUAACGAGCAGUCAGUUUCUGAGGCUGUUCGCUUUUUCGUUUCCCACAAAGCGGCUCAAUUGAGAAAUGCGAAAGGGCUGGACGAGGAGAUGGAACAAAAGGUUCGCACCUACUUGACCGACAAUGCGAGAGGAACAUUCCUCUGGGUGGCUUUGGUCUGCAAAGAGCUGUUGAAACUGGGAGUUCGUAAACGACAUUUAUUGAAGAAGAUGGCUGAGUUUCCAUCUGAUCUUGGACCCCUUUACGAGAGGAUGAUGCAGCAGAUUCGCGAAUCCGAAGACUCCGAUCUGUGUGAGAAGAUUCUCCGACUAGUUGCCGUCGUAUACAGACCUGUCACGUUGGCAGAACUGGCCUCUCUCCUAGACAUGGAAGAUGCUUUCAGCGGCGACGAGCUUGAGGAAAUAGUUGCCGCGUGUGACUUCCUGCUCAGGGACAAGAUGGUUGCCCCUCGGAUUGGGAGCCAGCAUUAUGCCGUUUUCUCCAGGUCACUGCAGAUUUUAUCAACAACCCUGCGGCGCGAUAUGUACAAUCUCCGCCAUCCUGGCGCCCUUAUCGAGGAGUACGCGCCGAAUCAAGAUCAAGAUCAAGAUGUUCUGAGACAUGCGAGAUACUCCUGCAUCUAUUGGAUCAAUCAUCUCAAAGCUGUCAAUGACCUAGACCGGGAGAAAUGUGUGCUGAGCCUACAAGACGACGGUGUCGUCCACCGAUUUCUCAACAAUAAGCUUCUGAAUUGGUUGGAGGCCUGUAGCUUGAUCAGAAGCAUUCCUGAUGCCGCAAGGGCUGUCAGGAUCUUGAGGAGCUUGGCACUGGUUCACGAUUGUACAAUGCGCAACCUCAUAGAAGAUGUCUAUCGCUUUGUCCUGUAUCACAAAGUUGGAAUCGGGCUUGCGCCCCUGCAGGUUUAUUGCUCAGCACUCAUAUUUUCUCCCAAAUCGAGCUUGGUACGGCUGUUAUACGAGGAUACCGAAGUACCAAAAUGGGUCGUUAAGAAGCCAGAUAUGCCAUCAAGAUGGACAGCCCGCCUUCAUUUUCUCGAGGGGCAUACGGACACUGUUGACGCAGUAGCAUUUUCGUCAGAUGGAACACAGUUGGCAUCUGGGUCCGGUGACGGCAUCGCUAAAAUAUGGGACACAGAGACAGGCACGUGUCUGCAUACAUUCACCUGCCUGAGUUCUUACCUCGCUGCUGGGUCUUGGCGGGGGGUUGAGGUUUGGGACGCGAUGUCUUCAACAAGCAUCUAUACGUUUUACGAUGAUUAUAGCGCACGGCUGGCUGCAGUCCACUCCUCGGACACGGAAAGCUUCAUUCGCACCUGGGAUCUCGGCACAGGUAUGGAAGUGAAGACACAUCAUCUCCACCAGCAUCAGUGCAGAGCCACCGCUUUUGCACCGGAUGGGACACACCUCGCCUCCGUGGCAGACCAGAAUGGCAUGUUUUCUUUGGACGCUUCAAGACUGGCGGUAGCAAUGGCGGGUUGCAUCUACAUAUUCGAGGCUUCAACGGGCGAAUGCCUUCAGGAACUCCAAGAUGAUUCAUGGUUCUUUGAGUUUCUGGCUGAUUCUCAAAGACUGAUGUCAGUGUCACAAGAUGCAUCCUCUAGGAUCUGGGACACUACCACGGGCACUUGUCUGCGGCAACUCAGCGGGGUACCGUCUCCUGACGGCAUGUUCAUUGCAGAAACAAGAGAUGGUCGCUACUACCCUGCCCAAAAUAUUGAUACAACCGAAGAAACAACAAAAGCACUUACGGCAAUCGCUUUCUCGCCAGAUGGAGCACAACUGGCGACAGCGUCUAUCUCCGAGACAGAAGGAAAGAUCAUCAGAAUCCGAGAUUCACUCACCAGUGCCUGCUUAACGGACUUUCCAUGGUCAGGAACAUCCAUCACUUCUCUGGCAUUCUUUCCGGAUGGCAAACGAUUAGCAUCCAGGGUAGAGAAUUGUAUCGGGAUAUGGGAUAUAGCUACGGGACUAAACGUACAGACGAUCGGACUCGAGAGUCCAUUAAAGUGGCUUCAUGCGACUAUCCUAUUCUAUGAUUCGCCGAUUGCGAUCUCGUCGAACGGGGAUUUGGUUGCAGCGAUUUUCGGGCGUGACCCUCACGUUGUCAUGUGGGAUUUAACUUCAGGUGCCAUUUCAAAGCAGUUCUACUUUGGGAACGAUAUCCCUAAUGAUUGGCCUGUGGCUGCGGUGUUUUCGCCAGACGAUACAAAGCUGGGAUUGCUCUCAGGUUUGGGGACAAUUUCUAUCUGCGACAUAAAUACAGGCGACAUUAUCUUCAUACACUUGUUCGAGCCACUCGAUAUAAGUCAACCUUGUCCGCUGCAGCUUCGUAAUGAAUUGCAGCAUCUCAUUGGCCAGAGCGAGGGCAGCGACCAAUCGCUCAAGCAAGCCCAGCCUCGUAUAUUUGAUAUGUCUGGAUUCAACAUCUCUCGCGAUGGGACAUGGAUGCUUAAAAGACAGCAGCGGGUGUUGUGGCUGCCCCCGGAUUACCGGCCCAUAAACAUUGUAUUGCGCGAUGGGUCUGUAGUGAUUCAAUCCAGGUUUGACGGCCCAGGACACUUUUUCCGCUUUGCCGUCGACGAUUUGGAUGCGCUGUUGGCUUGA